CAGUUUGAUUUGACUGACUGUUGACUGAUUAUGCAAGAUCAAAACGUCAAACUCUUAAAUGCUUUAUUUAAAAGAAAUUGAUAUUAAAUUUUAUAUAAAUUUAGUGUAAUUACAUUGGUUAAAUCUGAUAAUGCGUUUGGGGCUCAAAGUGAAAAAUCCAGAAUGGCGUCUGCUGAACACAUACUGCGAGUUCGUCGCCUCUAUAAAUUAAUAUUUCGUGUUCACCGCGGCCUCCCGGCUGAACUGAGGGUCUUAGGAGACAACUACGCACGUGACGAGUUCAAGAGACACAAGACCUGCAACAUGGCUGAAGCAAAUGUGUUCCUAAAUGAGUGGACAGACUAUGCCAUCAACAUAGCAAAGCAAAUGAAGCCGCUCCAUCAGGCUAAAAAGAAAACUGUUGGGAAAGAUUUAGACCCACGCAUGCUGGACUACAUGACUGAUGAACAGAUUGUGCAAUUGUACGAACUACACAAAGCGGCCCACAACGAGACAACGGACAAUGAAUCAUUAGAAAAUAACAAUACGAAAACCUGAGGUGAGCAUUUAAUUAAAUAAAUUUGAUCAUAAUCAUCAUAAUAUUAAAAAUCAUGUCAUUUUGUUGAGAGUAUUUUAGGAAUUAAUUACUUAUGUAGGUUGAUAUUAACAUGCUGAUGCAUGUAGAUUAGUGUGUAAUGAAAUGAUGUAAUUUAUUAAGUACUAAAGUAGUAAAUUUGAAUGUGUUUAAAUAUGUUAUGUACCUAGUUAGUAGGUAUGUAAAUAAAUACAUUUAUAAGUAAAGGAAAAUCAAAUCCAUUUUUUAAUAAUGUUUCAUUAAUUUAUUGAUGACCUGCAAUCACAAUGCUUACAUUUUAUAUAUGUAUAAAUAGUUACAUGCAUAUUAAUUUACUUUUAUACAAAUCACUGUAUCUGCAUUCAUUAUUUAUACAAUAAAUUGGUUAGUUCAGUACUUACAAUAUUUAUCUUUUAAAUCGAUCUUUACAAAUAUACCUAAAUAACUUAAUCAAUAACUGUGUCAUGGUUUUCUUUGUCUAUAUUAUGUAUAUUUAUGAUAAUUGUUCAUCUUUUUUGCAAUACCAAUGUAAGAUGCUAUGGAACAGAAAAAAGAUGCUUUUCUGGUACAGUUCGGUACCAACAACUUGAUUACCUCCUGAAUUUGGCUGCGAUUACACUUUUGUUCUUUGUCAAACUAACCAACAGCCAAUCUUUGAAAGAAUGAAUAGGCAGUUUAUUAGUUUGACAAGGUACAAAAGCUAAGUUUCUGCUGACUUCAUAACUACCAAGUUGUUUGAACCAAAGUAUACCCAAAUCCCAGUUAAAGAAAAAAAAUUAUCAAAAAUAAUUCACUUACUCUUGUAGCUACAACAAUUGUUGUGAUCACCUUCCUGGUUAUAUAUUUUUAUUCCACCCUGAAUAUUUAUUUACAGUAAAACAUAUUUUUUAUCCGUAACAAAAACAUAACUUUAAGCACACUCACCGAUACAAUUGAAUAGAUUAUAAUGUCGGUGGAAACUUUGAAAAACAAUUACUAUUUAAGUAUUUAUUUACAAAAUAAAAUACCUGCUAUACUAAAAUGA